AGAAGUUUCCACAUUCGCAAAACGAAUGGACGUCUCUUAUUACGAUGGUCCCAAGGAUGAAGUCGCCGAAGCAAUGCUGAAAAGCGCGGUGACGGCCAUGAGAUUGGGACAAUACGAGGAUGGAAAAGGACGCUUAGAGGAGAUAAUGGAGUUCGGAACCUCAAAUUUUCAACUACUUGGUACAAUCUACAUGUAUUACGGAAGAGUGUGCAGGCAUUUGAACCAUGAUGCCAAGGCCUUGGAGUUUUUCGAACAUGAGUUGAACAUGUUCAAAUUGAUCUUCAACUACCCAGAAGCAUGUGAUUCCACACGUCGCAUCGUCGAGCAGGCACUCAAAAUGGGAAAGUUCCCCAAGGCUCGACGGUUUGCUGAGGAUCUCAUUGAUUACACCAGCAAUAAGAAGAACGGAGAGAAGUAUAUCGGUCAAGCUCGAAUUUUGUUCGCUUCCGUGUGCCUCGAAGGAUGUGAAAGAGACGUCGAGAGUAAUCAAGAUGAGAAGAAGAAGCUUUUGUCAAUAUGUGCUGAACAGAUUGCAGCCGUGAAAUUGUUCAACGAGAAUAAUACGGAAGGAGCUGUGUCUGAGACCAAAAUCAUGUUACUUGAGGCGAAAUGCUUGUCACUAGACGAAAAAUACGAGGAAUCGCGUCGCAAGUAUCAAGAAUGCAUCGAUUUUGCCAUCAAAACAGACCAGUUUGAAGCAGUUCACAUCGCCUAUUACGACAAGGCUCUAUAUGCUGAGACAGAUCUUCUUUUCUUUAUUAUCAGAGAUCUCAGAAGUGCUCUCUUCUACGCCACGAAAUUCGGAAAAGAGCGAGAUGUAGUCAAAUAUAAGUCGAAGCUAUCCGAAGAGAUGCUGAGAAAUGGCGAAUUCCACGAAGCAUAUCUCUACGGAUUGGAAGCGCUUGUAUCGAUUCGGAAGCUUGGAUUGAACGAAUACAUUGGAGAUGUGUUGCUUACAAUCGCAAAGUGCCUCAUUGCACUUGGAAAAAGACGCCAAGCUGCUUAUUUUAUCAUCUUGGGGAGUGUUCUGACCAUCAACCAAAACAGUUUCAAACUGUUCUACGAGCAGAUCGACGUGGCGAUGAAUCAAGAGAGAAGCGAAACGGCAACUGAUCAAGAUGUAUGCCUCGCAAUUGAUUCGUCUCCUGAUCCGACAUCCUCGAAUGACAUGAUUAAUAAGUUCGUCGUCGAACUGGAGCACGCAACAAAUGUGGAAACCUGGGAAAUGAUUGUCAACGGAAUCAUUGACGACCAGAAGAAACCAGUGGCGAUCGAAAAGAAAGAGAACGAGGAACCCGUAGACAUGAUGGAUCUCAUUUUCAGUAUGAGCUCACGUAUGGAUGAUCAAAGAACUGAACUGCCUGCUGCCAGAUUCAUUCCGCCUCGUCCAGUGUCAUCGGCAUCGAAAAAGACUACAAAGAGUCACAGAAUCCUCCCUGGACUCCGUGCCAAUUGGACAAAAGUGCAGUCGAUGAAGUUCGAUGGUCACACAAUGAAUAGGAUCCUGAAGAGGUCGAAGAAAAGCAAAUCGUCAUUGGAUUCUACAAAUUCGAUGCAGGGCGAUGAUACUCGAAGCGAUGAUGUGACAAUGACGUCCAAAUAGGACCAUUAUUUUUUCUGUCAAAUAAUACAAUCAAACUUUCUUUAUUUAUUUUUUUUUUACUUUCUUUCAGUAAAUAUUAUUAUCAUUUU